GAGCUAUGUCAUGGAUCAAGGAAGGAGAGUUGUCACUUUGGGAGCGGUUCUGUGCCAACAUCAUAAAGGCAGGCCCAGUGCCCAAACACGUUGCCUUUAUAAUGGAUGGAAACCGUCGCUACGCCAAGAAGUGCCAAGUAGAGCGGCAGGAAGGCCACUCACAGGGCUUCAACAAGCUGGCUGAGACUCUGCGCUGGUGUUUGAACCUGGGCAUCCUAGAGGUGACGGUCUACGCGUUCAGCAUUGAGAACUUCAAACGCUCCAAGAGUGAGGUAGACGGGUUAAUGGAUCUGGCCCGGCAGAAGUUCAGCCGCUUGAUGGAAGAACAGGAGAAACUGCAGAAGCAUGGGGUAUGCAUCCGGGUCCUGGGCGAUCUGCAUUUGUUGCCCUUGGAUCUCCAGGAGCUGAUUGCACAGGCGGUACAGGCCACCAAGAACUACAACAAGUGUUUCCUCAAUGUCUGCUUUGCAUACACGUCCCGUCAUGAGAUCAGUAAUGCUGUGAGAGAGAUGGCCUGGGGAGUGGAGCAAGGCCUGCUGGACCCCAGUGAUAUUUCUGAGUCUCUGCUUGAUAAGUGCCUCUAUACCAACCACUCCCCUCACCCUGACAUCUUGAUCCGGACUUCUGGGGAAGUGAGGCUCAGCGACUUCUUGCUCUGGCAGACCUCCCACUCCUGCUUGGUGUUCCAACCCGUUCUGUGGCCGGAAUACACAUUUUGGAACCUCUGUGAGGCCCUCCUGCAGUACCAGAUGAACCAUAGCAUGCUCCAGCAGAAGGCCCGAGACAUGUAUGCAGAGGAGCGGAAGAGGCAGCAGCUGGAGAGGGACCAGGCCGCAGUGACAGAGCAGCUGCUGCAAGAGGGGCUCCAGGCCAGUGGGGACGCCCAGCUCCGACGGACUCGCUUGCACAAACUCUCAGCCAGACGGGAAGAGCGGGUCCAAGGCUUCCUGCAGGCCUUGGAACUCAAGCGGGCUGACUGGCUGGCACGUCUGGGCACUGCAUCAGCCUGA